ACAGUUGUCCUCUAGACAGAAGGCAGGAAUUUGAAAUUGGUCGGCAACACACUACUAACUCAGUGAAGUCACUUGUAUUGUGUCCAUACUUCACGAAUCAUCUUUUGACAUGAACUUAGCACUUGAUGAUUUGGUCCAAGAGUCUGAGAAGCUACUAACGGAAGUUCAGGAAGACAAUGAUUUGCCAUAUAUCACUCGUAGUUUGGACCAAAUGUGUCAAUUUGGUGAAAAACUGCAUCUUUCCAGGGGAUCUAAUAGUGAUAUAAAGGCUGCUCGUCUACUGGGUCCAAAGUUGAGUUAUGAGCUCCCUAAAAAUCUCUCCUCAAAAUUGGAAGCAUUGGUUCCGACUGAUUCCAACGAAAAUGGCCCUUUAGUGCCCGAGACAGAUAUCCAAUCUUUUUUGAGGUUGGAGAGAGAAAAUGCCUUGGUCGGUGCAAUUCACUUGACUCGGAAGUCUAUUUUUGAGGAGGUAGAGGAGCGUUGUGAUGCUUACCUACAAAGUUGGUGGGAGCAGGAAGCUACUGGUGUGUUAAGUAGUUUAUCAGGUUCAAAUGGACCUUUGGAUACAGAACUUUUAUCUCUACCUGAUCUAGAAAGUUACAAUCAAUUAAACUUAGUAGAUGGGAAGCAAACUAUGCAGUUAACACGGUAUGAACUACUAUACUCAAAUCAGCUGGAUUGUUACCUUUCCCUACACCUCACACCGUCUGCUGAUUUCACACCUAUUCAGAAUGGAGUUCCUCGUGACCUGCUAACUUAUUUAUCUAGAUCCCAUGAUUCCAUUUCUCGUGAAAAGCAGCUAAAAUCACAGUCAAAGACGUCUCAUUCGGAUAUUGCGGAGAUGUGGUGUUUUAUGAAAAGGAUUGCUUACCGUAUGCGUAGUGAACAUAGUAGUCUAUUAUCAUAUGAUCGUCCACUGGAACUUCGAGCAUCUUCAUUUGUUCAGAAUACUCUAUCGCUGUGUGCUCUAGAACAUUUGGAGGCCGAAUUUUUAGAAUUUGUAAAGGCAACGGUUGCCAACCAACCUCGUCUAGCCCGACUUGGUGGGCGUCCAGGAACUCGAUCCCUAGUACGUGCAUAUCUGAGUCUUCGCCUUCCAUUAGAAAGCAUACCGGAUGAUUCAUUUCUCAACAAUUCAUACCAGUCAUCCGAAUUUGAUGAUGGUCUUGUAGAUGGUGUGCCUGUAUGGCCCAUGCUUUUCUACUGCUUACGUACUGGAGAUACCCAGGUGACCUUAGAAGUUGCUCAUGAUGCUGUGAACAAUUUAGGAAACUUUGUAAAUGUUCUUGAAGAAUAUGUGGAGAACAGUCGGCGUCUUCGAACACCCAAUCAAGCAAGAUUUCGUCAAACAUGCAAACAUGUGAUUAAGUCUACACGUGACCCUUAUAAAAGAUUAAUUUAUUCUAUUCUUGGUCAAUGUGAUCUGAAUGAAAAUCAUACAGAUGUUGUUUCAAAUGUAGAUGAUUUUCUGUGGAUAAAGAUAUCUCAAGUUAUUGCAUACGAUCCUACAGAGUUCAUAGUUGCAUCAAGGAGUACUACGGAUGAUACUGUAACAUUGUGUCAACUGCAAAGCCUAUUGUAUGAAACCUACGGUGAAUUGCAUUUUGAUGCUUGGUCUCAACCAUUGAUCUACUUUAAAAUUCUAUGUCUUACACAGCAGUAUGAAGCAGCUAUAGGAUUUCUCGCUCGCUUUGAACAGCUGCGAUGUCAUGCGGUUCAUAUUGCUUUGGUUUUUCAUGAUCUACACAUGCUGUUAAUGCCUAACUGGCUUCACUCAUCAUUGGUAAGUCGUAAUGAUUGUGAUCCCACAGGAUUUCGAAGACUUAAUUUGGCUCGUCUAAUUAUGUUGUAUACACGGAAAUUUGAAAUCACGGAUCCAGAGAAAGCGCUUAUGUACUAUUAUAUGCUUUCUGAUAUCUCAAAUCCUACUGGGAAACUACCGGAAGAAGAAUCCAGUACAAAUAAGCUUAGUUGUUCACACAACAUGUCUUUUGAUUAUGUGGAUUGUAAAGGUCAGAAUUUGUUCGUUCAGUGCGUUUGUGAACUAGCCCUAGCCAGCAAAGAGCUAGAUUUGCUUUUAGGGUGUUUGGGUGAAAACGAUGUUCGCAAACCUGGCGCUAUCGACCGCUAUUGCAAAUCAACAGAAUCCCGACGGGAACUAAUUCGCACAGUUGCUCAUGUCUUCGAAAACAGUGGUCAAGUCAUCGAGGCUGUCCGUUUAUAUCUGCUCGCUUCAUCUUAUGGAGAUCCUAAGCCUGACAUACUAGUAGCUGUGGCUUUAUUGAAUACUGUGUUAUCAAGUGUGAUAAUAACGUCUGAUCUUGGGACAACACCAUUGACACAAUCUCGAUUAGCAGGACAGCUAGAUCGGAGUAUGCUUUUACGUCUUGCAAGUGAGGUAUGAAGAUUUUUCAUCAACUUGCAUAUGAUCAUUUUACUAACAUCAUUGGAUUCUGCCUUCAAUGUUGGUAAUCACCUUACCGUGCAAAAAUAGCUAAGAUUCUCGCAUGAUAAGAUUUUUUCCUGUUGGAAACUAUUUGCACGCUGCUGACAGCUCGUCAAGGUAGUACCUGAAUUUUGAAAAUUGUUGAGCGAGACUUUAUGUCGUGCAUCUUGUGGGUAACCACUAGUCAGGUUUCACUCAGUUUAUUAAUACUCCAUGAAGCCAACCAAGCACGUUCGUGCUCACCAAUAAACACCUUUGUGUUAAAGUGCCAUAAAGUACUUUUCUUAGCAUGACAUGCGUCCUACAUACAUAUAUAUAUAAACUCGCUCUACUUUAUUGAAGGGGUUAAUCAAAUCCCAUACCUUUUUGGACGACGCUCCUAACGGCGUAUUGCUGCGUUUACUGGUAUAUCUUCCGAAACAAAGAUGCAGAACCCUUCCGGAAACGUACCUGAUAAAUGUUCGUUAAGCCUGAUCCACUGAAGAGCUAACAUCGGUUACGCUGUCAGGACAUUCAGAAUACAAUGUUCACAGCCAUGAAAACAGAUGCCGUAGUUCAACUACAUGCAUAUAUAUCGUGUUGCUUCAUAACUGUGAAAAUGCUUAGGGUAUGUGGACCACCGUUCCCUGUAAAUUUUACUGAGUUUACUACAUAGGUAGACUAGAUAGUGUGCCGACUGUAGAUAUGUCAUGGUCAAUAGGUCCAAUCACACUUUACUAAUGAAUUGCAGACAAUAAUGGGCAUAUUGGAUGUAAUCCAGUGAACAUUAGCCUUAUGAAUUCAGAAUCCAAGCAGCUGCUUCUGUCUAGUAAAAAAAGAACAACAAUUUCUGCAAAUAUUCUUGUUUCAUAGUUAACAAGGCAACGAAAUAUAAAGGUAUAUUCUGGGGUACUUUUUGUUCCUGAUGGGGAUCGACUAUACGGUAAGUUCUUAUUUAGAAGAAUACACAAAGUAAUAAGUUUAUUUCUACGAGAAAGAUGUUUGUGGUAUAUAAUCAAAGCUCUACUUCCAAUAUUUUUAUCAAUUACUUUCACUUUGGAAUAAAGGUGAUCAACUUUUUUCUUGCCAAAAUAGCUCGCUCAUAAAGUUCGCCGAUUGGGAAUAUCAACUGAUGAUAAUGAUUACCUACUUCAACGUGACGUUGAAACAGACGUAACUGGGUCCACAUGGACAACCAAAAUCCUAUUUAUCUGCUUGAUCUUGCUGCGUUUUCGACCUAGUGGAUGCGGAAAGGUGGCAGGCUGCUAUUGACCAUAUGGAUCAGCUGGGUUUAUUCCCAUCUAGCUCCCAACCUUCACACGUAGAAUCUUGUGUCGCACUGUUUUCUCAACUCCCAGAUACAGUUCGGCGACCGCUCCCUGGGCAUUGUAUGCUCUGAUGCGUUGUUUAUCUGCAAAGACUGGUCGAGGAGUGUCUGCCACGAGCUGUGCAGCGCGAACUGAUGUUUACCUCGAAAAUGGCUACCCCGGAAGUUCGAGCUAGAGCGAAGGCUUUGAUAGCGUAUGUUGGUCGCAUUCCACACAGAUUACCAAGUGAAAUUUAUGCCGGUCUAACACGUAUGGAUAUGGAAAUUAUGUAGUUCAUUACUGUCAUUUUUGAAAGUAUUUAUCCGAAUGUUUAUUUUGUGUAAAUCCUACGGAGAAAAAAUAAAACGCUUCCACUCA